CAAAUAUCAUUCGUACAUAUCCGUCGUGACCUUGGUCGUGUGUGCCGGGCAUGCCAUCUUCUUAACCGUUCAGUAGUAUAGUAGUAGCUAGUUUGUUUAUACCACCAUACCUAUAUUAGCCAGUGCUCGUCUCUCGCGCGAAGUUUAAGUUCAACACACCUUCACGCGGUUUAUCAGUCGUCGGUCAUGGCCGAAUGCUGAACGAUACUAAACUAUAAUUUAUUGGAACUUACGUGACAUAAUCAAUUUACAUUAAAAAUGAAAGUAGCGCUAACUAUUUUAGCGCUCGUGGCUACCACAGAGCUGGUACUAGGCGUACCGGUUUAUGGUCCACCACAACCGUUGCCGAUUCCGCACAAGUACAGGUCUCCGAAUGGUGCACCCAUCCCCGCCAAGUAUCCUCAGUAUCCUCCUCAUCUUAGUAGUCAUUCGGGAAAAAACGAAUUCUAUUCGAAAUUUAAUCCUCAUUCAUUGCCACCCGGCUUACGUGGGCCUGCACCCCAACUGCCACCGCCUUUUGCUAAGUACCCUAAUCUGCCACCACCUGGAAAGCAUCAACAACAACAACAACAACACCAACAACAACAACAACACCAACAACACCAACAACACCAACAACAUCAACCACAGCAACAUCAAUUGCAUCAUCAUCCACAACAGCAACAACAGCAACAUCAAUUACAAUCACACCACCCAUCGGCCAACAAUAGACCACUAGGACCACAGUUCCAGUCGAAACCACACUUGUUACAGAACAGCGCACCUCAUCAUUCCCCUCCUCAACAAGGCCAAGUUAAUAAUGUUCCUGAACAGCGUGUACAAUUAGCAUCAUCGCGCCCCACCCCUAAGAUAACUAACGUUUGGACGGGUCCUAAAUUGUCAGGAUCACCGGACUUCCCGCCACGUUUCCCCGCUGCCGCCACCCCCGUAGCUCCAGUGACUACGGUCCCAUUUUUGGAAAAACCCAGAGGUCCUUAUAUAAUCAACAGCGAUGAUGAAAGGGGUCCUAUCAAGACCAUACCGGCGCCAAACCUGAACCCAGCAGACAAACCAGCCAACUUCGAAGAACAAUUGUAUAGGGCACAACAUCAACAAUCAUAUGUUCAACCGUUGGACAAUUCAAUAACCGAUGAAAAACUUUCAUACCAGGUAACCGAAGACACGAACGCUUACAAACAGUUUGGCGGCCAACCGGCCUACAAUGAGCCGUCCAACGCGGACCCCAACGCUGUACCAGCCGUACCGUUAGACAUCGCCCUGCAACAGCACUUGGACAACCAACAUCAGCAACAGUUAUCGGCCGAACAGGUCGGAUCGACGGGCACGUUGACGCCCCAAGAGCUGUACUCGCUGUUGAACGGUAGCCCAGCCUCCGCCGCCGCCACGGUACCACAGACCACGUACAUGGUACCGCAACCCGUCAUGUACGCCGUACCACAACCACAGUCUUUGGACCUACAAGUCGGCCACCAGCUCCAAUACCAGGCGCAGCCGGUCCAAUUACAGUACGCACAACAGCCCGCCGCCACAGGUGUCCAGUUGCAGUACGCGCAACCGGCCGCCCCCGAACUCCAAUAUUUGCAGCCGCAAACCGUCCAAUACCAGCCACAAACCGUCCAAUAUCAACCACAAACCAUUCAAUACCAGAUUCAACCCGAACAUUUGCUGCAGCAGCAGCAGCAGCAGCAACAACAGCAGCAACAGCAGCAACAGCAGCAACCGCAGUACCAACAACAGCCGGCGGAACAGUACAACGGCGCGCAGACGGCCGCCGCUGAAAUAUCAGCACAAAAACAUCAACAGCAACAGGAACUGAUGCAACAACAACAGGAACAACAGCAACAGGAGCAGGAACAGCAGCUUUUGCAGCAGCAGCAACAACAGGUCCAGUUGCAGCAACAGCAACGCGAGCAGCUAAAACAACAGCAACACGCGGAGCAGCAGCAGCAGCAGCAACAGCCGGACAACAACGAUGACGUGCAGUACCAACAGGAACAGGACGAAUACGAGCCCAGGAACGGGGUCAAGGGAUCGGUCGAACAACAACCGUCACCGGCGGCCGCGGACGAUAACGACGAGCGUGACGACCAGAAGAAAUUGCAGAGCAUCAGGGACCAGUAUUACUCGGCCGUUCCCAACGAACAGACGGCGGGCGUGCUGGCGCAGAUCGCCCAGUCGGCGGCCAACAGCGACGCGCCGGUGGCCGACGAGCCGAGACCCGCGGAAAAGUCGCCGUCCGAUCAGUCGGUGCAGAUGCACACUUCGGUUCAGAUCCAACAGUCGGUGCCGCUGUACGAGGGCACGUACGCGUCGUCCAGGCGCACCAAUCAGGAGUACGUGGACGAGGGCGCCGAGGCGGACGAGCUGAUGGAAGGCAGCGAAUCGGUGGCCGUCUCCGAAUCGUCGUCGUCGUCGGUCAACGGACACGCUCCCAGCCAGUUCCCGUACAGCGCGGCCAAUAUCAACGCGUUCGCCGCCAACUAGUCCUAUAAGGAGUACUUGUAGUUUAUUACGACACCCUCCCCUCCCCCCUACCCCCGCGACCGGAUAUAAUAAUAUACGAACGCGAUUUCGGUAUGUGAACUAUAUACGAUAGGUAUACACUGUGUGUAUAGUUCAUGUAUAUAUUCAGCUAAGCUAUAUUAUCGACACUACCUAUAUAUUUUUUAUAUACUAUUUUUUUACACGCCGAUAUCCGUCGUCGUCAUAUAUAUAUACGAUGAGUAGAUAAUAAUAUUGUAUCGCAGUGAAAUUUAUUUAUUAUAAUUUAUUAAUUUUCGUUUUACGAAAUUCUUGUCGACAUCGACACUCGAUAAGCGUUUUGCCGCCGUACGCGCAGUCACGCUUAAUUAUUUAUUUAUAUAUUAUAUUAUAUUUUUGUAUACGUUUAGUUAAGUUAAACUGAUAUAAUAUGUUAUUUUUUUAAAGACUUUUAAAGCUAUACGUGAACGAUUGCUCAAUUUUAAAAUUAUAAUCCACUGGGUAUAUAACCACAAUUUUUCUCGAAGUUAACGGGUUGAAUAUUUUGUAGUUCGACUAUUGAACAAGAGUCACGGGAACACACACCCGCAAACUUCAAAGUUCAAUUGGUGCAAAAAGCAAUUAGGCUGAACAUAAUAUAAUAAAAUAUUAUUAUUAAUUAAUAAUUUAAUUUACUUCGCCCCCAAACAGUUCCCAAUAUACCUACUAAUUUCAAUAGGUAACAACAAACAUACAAACACCAUGACAUGUUUAUUGAAAACAUUUAAGUUAAUUUAAUAUUUAUGUAAAUAUAGAAUAUUAAUUAUAUAAGAAUAAAACACACAUUAAAAAAAAAAUUAAUCAGAAGACAUGUAAACAUUUUGAAACAGUUCGUAGAAUAAAGAUAAAGAUUAACUAAGUCACUUUAUAAAGUGUACUGUGCAAUUAUUUACCUGUGUUACUUGUGUUUGUAAAAUAUGAAUAUUGCAUUCGUUUUUUUUUUUUUUGUGAAACAUUGUUCUUAUAAUUAAGCAGUUAUUUAAUAUAUAUUCACUUAUAUUUUUAUAAUAAUUUUGAUACAUUUAUAAAUAAAUAAUAAAGAGUGUUGGUAGUUACGUAAAA